AUGGGGAUCGUGCAAUUUCCGCAGGAGUGCAUGAAAGUCUCCCCAAAUGCGGAUCAAUCCAAGUAUUGCAGAUUCCAUAGGCAGGUGGGCCAUGAUACCGAUGAAUGCAACGUGUUAAAACGCCAGAUUGAGGAGCUCAUCCAGAGGGGAUACUUCAAACAGUUCGUCAAACGCUCCGAACCGUCAUCCUCGAGUGGUAAGAAAAGGGAACACGACCAAGUUACAGUAACUGAUCUCUCUGACAAAGACACAGAAGAGCCCAGGAAACACAAGAAGCAGACCAUACACUUCAUCUACGGAGGUCCUGCAGGCGGAGACACACAGGCAGAGAGGAAGAAGUGGAGUCGCCAGUUAUAUGUAGGUGAGGUGGUCAGCCUUCCAAAGGGAAAAAAGCAGAGGAGGGAACCCAUUACCUUCUCUGACGAUGACCUCCCAGAAGGUCCACUGCCCCACCGAGAUGCGUUGGUGAUCAAAAUGGAGAUUAACGACAGCAUCGUGCAUCGCAUACUCGUAGACACCGGAAGCUCAGUCAACGUGAUGUACUACGACGCUUUCACCAAACUGGGACUCCCCAGAAAUCAACUCAAAGAGGUACGGACUCCACUUUCUGGUUUUACGGGAGAUUCAAUAGAGACGGAGGGAUCCGUGGUACUACCGGUAGAGAUAGGCGUGAGCCCCAACACCUCCAAGAUAAACAUGGAGUUCAUUGUUGUGAAACUCACAUGUGCCCAUAACAUCAUACUGGGGAGGCCAGCUCUAGAAGACCUGAAGGCCAUAAUUUCGAUGGAGCACCUAUGCAUGAAAUUUCCCACGCCAUACGGGAUAGGAGUUGCGAGAGGAGAUCAAAGAGCAGCUCGUAGCUGUUACGUCAAAGCGUGCAAGAAAAUUGGACAGAAAGAUCUGCGGGUCCACACCAUCGCAGAAAAAGUGCUGAGAGAAGAGGAGGGCUGGCCCCGCGCCGAGCCUGCAUCUGAAACGGAAGAUGUGGUGGUCGAUCCCGCACGAGCAGAUAGGGUCGUAAAGAUUGGCACUGGAUUGGCACCAGAACUAAGAGCCCAGAUAGUCGAAGUCAUCCGACAGUUUAAAGAAGUUUUUGCGUGGGGUCCAGAAGACAUGCCAGGUAUCAAUCGAAACAUUAUAACCCAUAAGUUAGCCGUGGACCCUACCAAGAAACCAAUACAACAGAGAAAGCGAUACAUGUCGGCUGAACGGAGGGAUUUUGUGAAAAGCGAGGUGGUCGCGUUGACACAAGCAGGACAUCUCAAGGAGAUCUAUUAUCCCGAGUGGUUGAGCAACGUAGUCCUGGCCCCAAAAGGUUCCACGUGGAGAAUGUGCGUGGAUUAUACAGAUCUCAAUAGAGCCUGCCCUAUGGAUCGAUUCCCCUUGCCAAAUAUUGAUCAGCUGGUGGAUGAGACGGCAGGAUGCGAAUUGAUGAGUUUCAUGGAUGCCUUCCGUGGGUACCAUCAGAUAUUCAUGCAUGAGGAGGAUGCGGAGAAGACCGCGUUCACCACCCCAGAAGGUAUUUUUUGCUACUUGGUCAUGCCGUUCGGCCUCAAGAACGCAGGCGCGACUUACACCCGGAUGGUGGCCAAGUUGUUUGGGAAAGUACUGGGACGAAACAUGGAGGCUUACGUAGACGACAUGAUUGUCAAGAGCCGUAGAGGUGCCUCUCAUGUCAAAGACCUUAACGAGGUAUUUUCUAUUAUGAGAAAUUUCAAUUUACGCCUGAACCCUAAGAAAUGCACGUUCGCAGUCAGUGGGGGCAAGUUUCUGGGAUUUAUGGUUACUAGAAAUGGGAUAGAACCAAACCCAGAAAAGGUAAAAACCAUUCUGGACAUGGAACCCCCGCGGUCCAUCAAAGAAGUCCAAAGGCUCAAUGGUCGCUUAGCGGCUUUGGGUCGAUUUCUAUCUAAAUCGGCCGAACGAUCCCUUCCCUUCUUCCAGAUACUAAAGAAGAAUAAGGGGUUUGAAUGGACCCCAGAGUGUCAGUCGGCCUUCGAUGACUUGAAAAAAUAUUUGCUAUCACCGCCACUGCUUGCAAAACCAGAGGCGGGUGAAACCUUACUCUUAUACCUGGGUAUAUCACAGGGUGCGAUCAGCUCCGUGUUGGUCAAAGAGCAAGAAGGGACUCAGCGUCCCAUUUACUAUGUGAGCAAGGCUUUACAUGACGCAGAACUACGGUACACUGCCGUGGAGAAAACAAUGUUUGCUGCGGUCACCGCCUCUAAAAGGUUGGCCCAUUACUUCCAAGCUCAUCCCAUCCAUGUACUCUCACAUCAACCAUUAGGGAGUUUCUUACGAAACGCUAACUCUGCUAGGAUGGCUAGAUGGGCCAUGCACCUCAGCCAGUUCGACAUUGAAUUCAAACCAAGGCCCGCCAUCAAAGGUCAAGCCCUCGCAGACUUCAUAGUGGAAUGCACAGUCAAAGGUCAAGCCCUCGCAGACUUCAUAGUGGAAUGCACAGCCCGAGGUCAAGCCCUCGCAGACUUCAUAGUGGAAUGCACAGCCCGUGAGGUGACGGAGCAGGUGGAAAAUGAAGAUGGGGGAUGGUGGACCUUGUCUACGGAUGGCUCAUCCAACAGUAAAGGUUGCGGUGGUGGAGUAGUGCUCAUCACUCCGGAAGGAUUCCGCGCUUACUAUGCAAUCAGGUUCCACUUCAAGUUAUCUAACAAUGAGGCAGAGUAUGAGGCCCUCCUCAACGGACUGCGGUUAGCAGCAGGACUGCGAGCGGAAAAAGUUCGCAUCCGGUGUGAUUCCAAGUUAGUGGUCGGCCAGGUGACAGGGGAGUACGAAGCCAAUGAAGGGAACAUGCAAAGGUACAGGGACGCAGUGCUGCGAACCUUGCGAGAAUUCGAGGGGUAUGAAAUCCACCAAGUACCUCGAGAACAGAAUGCUGACGCUGACAUGCUCUCCAAGCUGAGCACUGGGAUCCCUGGCCACAUUCGUAAGAUUGCUCGGGUGGAGGAUUUGGAGACAUCCAGCAUCGAUAUCUCAUGGGUUUGCCCCGUGCAAUCCAGAGAGCCAUGUUGGAUUGACCACAUCACAAAGUACAAGAAGGAAGGCACUUUACCAGUGGACGAGCAAGAGGCAAAGCUAACAAAGUUGCGGGCACCCAGCUACGUGAUAUUGGAAGACAAAUUGUAUAAACGAUCCUAUAAUGGCACACUCUUGAAGUGUGUGCACCCUGACGAAGCAGAGCUGAUGAUGCGAGAAGUCCACGAGGGAGUGUGCUCCGCGCAUCAAGGAGCAUAUACCAUAGCUCGACGCAUCAUGCUGCAAGGUUUCUUCUGGCCAAAGAUGUUAAAGGAUUGCGCAGAAUACGCCAGGCGAUGCCCUAAGUGUCAAGAGUUCCAGACAUUGCCAGGACGACCCGCAACCAACUACACUCCGGUGAGCACAGCAAUUCCAUUCUCGAGAUGGGGAAUUGACUUGGUAGGAGCCCUUCCCACGGGCUCGGGAAGCCGGAAGUACAUUAUCGUAGCCAUUGACUACUUCACCAAAUGGGUGGAAGCUGAACCGCUGGCUAGUAUCACAGCGGCCAGGUGUAAAAAGUUCGUGGAAAAGAACAUACUGUGCCGCUUCGGCAUCCCCAUUCAAGUAAUCACGGACAACGGACGUCAAUUCGAAGGCAGAGAGUUUUCAGAUUUUUUGACGGAAUGGGGCAUCAAGCAUAGUCGGGUGGCGGUAUCAUACCCGCAGGCAAAUGGUCAGGUAGAGAAUGCCAAUAGAACCAUCCUGGAUGGUUUGAAGAGGAAAUUGGAAGCAGCUGGCGGGGCGUGGGUUGAGGAGCUGGAUAGCAUCCUUUGGACUUACCGCACAACCCCAAGGAGGGCUACUGGUGAAACUCCUUUCGCAUUGAGUUACGGGUUCGAAGCUCGAGCCCCAGCAGAGGUGAUGAUACCAAGUAGAAGGAUGGAAGAGUACGAUGCAGAGCAAAAUGAGAUCCAACAGAGAAUUGAUCUCAAUUUCAUAGAGGAAAAACGAGAAACUGCGUUCUGUAGGAUGGAAAACUACAAUAGACAGUUGAAGUCCUAUCAUGACGCCAAAGCUAAACCCAGGUACUUUCAAGUAGGUGAUUAUGUUUUGAGAAGAAGGGAAGUCAGUCAACCCUUGGAAGGAGGCAAGUUCGCGAAAAAAUGGGAGGGUCCGUACAUCAUCGAGGAAGUGAUUCGCCCGGGAACUUACAAGUUGACGACAGUCGGUGGCAGGUUAAUUGAUAGGAUAUGGAAUUCAGAACACUUAACAAAAUUUUAUCAUUAA